GAGAGGGAGAAGCAGGUUCCCCCAGGGCAGGGAGCCUGAGGCCUGCAAUCCCAGGACCCUGGGAUCAUGACCUGAGCCAAAGCAGAUGCUUAACGGACUGAGCCACCCAGGCGCCCUCUUUUGGUUAAUUUUUGUUGGACACAACAAUCCGAGUUUUAACAAGUUCCGUGUGCUGUUUCUGAUGCCUAGAAGAAUUUGGAAAUUACUGGAAUAAAUAGAUAAUAUUUAAACUACACUGGAUCAACGCCUAGGAACCAAUGCUGGUUCUGUCAUUAACUCCCUGUAUGACCUUAGGCAAUUCCUUCUCCUCUGUAGAUCUCAUUUUCCUCAUCAAAAAAAGGAUGGAGAAGUUCACGUCUUAGCCCUUUCUUUCUAGCUCUCACCUUUCAGGGUAGUUCGCAGCCGAGGACCGCCGGAGUCUGAGAACUACAGUCCCCACAAUACCUUGCGGUUCUCUGCCCUCCUGCGGUUGUGGAGAAGGUUCGCUAGUAGACGCGCUCCCCACAAUCCUUUGCGGUAGUUCAAGAUGGCGGCGCCCAAUAGCGCCUUGAGUGAUUUGGAGAGCAGCAGCAGCAGCAGCGAUGCGGAGGAGCUGGCACGGUGCCGGGAGGCGGCGAUGCCGGCCUGGGGCUUGGAGCAGCGCCAGAGAGGGCCGGAGAAGCCAAGAGCCGAUGCAGGAAAUAAUCAGUGGCCAGCCACCCAGCCGAGCCUCAGGCGUAGGGUGGACGAACAUGAACAAGACGGCAAUGAACUUCAGACCACCCCCGAAUUCCGAGCCCACGUAGCCAAGAAACUGGGAGCCCUGCUGGACAGCUCAAUUACCAUCUCCGAAGUCGUGAAGGAGCCAGCGAAGGCUGAGGUGCAGAAAGUCCCCGCGGAGGAUGACGGCUUCCGCCUCUUCUUCACAUCCAUCCCUGGAGGCUCUGAGAAGAAAGCUGCCCCCCAGCCUGGCCGAAAGCGAUUACCUUCCAGCUCCAGCAGCGAGGACAGUGAGGAGGAGAGGCAGCGGUGCCGGGAGGCAGCUGUGUCGGCCUCCGACAUCUUCCAGGAAUCUGCCAUCCACGGCCCUAUCAGAGUGGAUGGAGAGGCAAAGAAGAAGAAAAAGAAGUUGAAAAAGAAAGCCAAGAAGGAGGCCAGUGCCGACUUGGUCGCCGCCACCACCACCACCACAAGCGGGACCACAGUUGGGAAGCAGGAAAAGCAGUCACCCAAGCUCAAUGGAGACCAGGCAUCACUGGGGACCAAAAAGAAGAGAAGGAAGAAAAAAGCCAAGAAGACCAGUGAGGCUUCCCCAUUCCCACCAACAAAGAGUGCAGUGGCCACACCUGCAAACUGAUCCCCACCCACGGGCACAGGGCUCAGCUAGCCCCGAGGACAAGGUGCCCACGGGGGGCAAGGCAUGUCCAAGCCCCACCUCCCUCUCCAAGUUCAAGGGCUUGGCUGGCAAGUCCAUACUUGGCCCAUGAUUGGGUCUUGCCCAAGGGUCGGGACAAAGACGGCUGUAGGAUGAGAAGCCUAAUCAAGGCCUACCCAUCCAUGCUCCCAUUGGGAACUGGGGCAGACCUGUCGUCCCAGAACAUUCUAUGGCCUCAGGAAAAAGGAGCUGUCCAGUUAUUCAAGACUGUCGAUCAAGUGGUAAAGCUUCUAUCUUCCCGGUACUGUCUGAGGAGAGCGAGUGAAGGGAGAGCUUUACCUUCCCCUCCACCUUCUCAACCCGGAGUGGGAGACAACCUUAAGAAACUGAGGGAAGGGGUCGGCCCAGAAAGAGUUCUGUACUUCUGCCCCCAGGCCACACAGACUUGAUGUGACAUUGUCUGAAAAAGGAGAGAGAUUCUAUCCCCACCCCAGGUUUCCAGAAUUUUUUCCCCCACAUUUGUGAAUAUACCAUGCACGAUCAUGUCUCUGAGCCAACCCGAUUAUUGAAAAUAAAUUGUUGAGAGACUCCA